AUGACUUCUCAAGAGACAAAGCCUGUCGUUGUGAUUAUACCAGGAGCUUGGCAUGUGCCAGCACACUACGCACAUCUCGCGCUGAAGCUCAACUCGGCCGGCUAUACUGUAGACUGUAUCGAAUCGUCUUGCACCAGCGACGAAAAGGACUUGCCCGAGAACACAUGGACCGAAGACAUCUCGAUCAUCCGCAAUGCCAUCACUUUGCACACCGAGGCUGGCAGAGAUGUUGCAGUUGUGAUGCACUCGUUCGGCGGCAUGGCGGGAUCGGAAGCAACAUGUGGCCUGGGCAAGAAAGAAAACGAGACAUCCGGCAGAGUUGUUAAGCUUAUCUACAUGACUUCGUUCAUGCUCAAAGAAGGCCAAACACGUGCAGACUUUCCAGAUUGGCCUGAUAUCGCCCGUGUCGACGAUGAGCAGAACCCCAAGUCUCUCGUGCCUCUGGAGCCAAUGCACUUCUUCUACUCCGAUGUGCCAGAACAGAUGGCGCAGCGCGCAAUUGACAAUCUGGGAGGGUUCCCACUUUCUCAUGUGAUGAACUCUCCUUCGAAAGUUGCAUGGCGCGAGAUUCCAACUGCAUACAUCGUCUGCGAAGACGAUAGAGCAUUGACCAAAGAUGGCCAAGAGCAGAUGAUCAAUGCUGUCAGGGCCGAGGGUGUGGAAGUGGAAACUGCGUACUUGAAAUCUGCUCAUAGUCCUUUCCUGAGCAUGCCCGCCGACACAGCAAAGGCGAUUCGUGGAUUUUUGGAGAAGGCUUGA